AAGGUGUAUCACGCGCGGUAUCUGCAGAGCGGAAAAGAUGUGGCGAUGAAGAUUGUGGGGAAAGAGAAGGUGAUAAAAGUAGGAAUGAUGGAGCAAAUCAAGAGAGAGAUUUCGGUGAUGAAGAUGGUGAAACAUCCAAAUAUCGUCGAACUCCACGAGGUGAUGGCAAGCAAGUCCAAGAUCUAUUUCGCAAUGGAGCUCGUUCGCGGCGGCGAACUGUUCGCUAAGGUAGCCAAGGGUCGGUUGCGGGAGGACAUGGCGCGUGUGUACUUCCAACAGUUGAUUUCCGCCAUCGAUUUCUGCCAUAGCCGAGGCGUAUAUCACCGUGACCUCAAACCUGAGAACCUACUCCUCGACGAGGAUGGCAACCUGAAGGUCACCGAUUUUGGUCUCAGCGCCUUCUCCGAGCACCUCAAGCAGGACGGCCUGCUCCACACGACGUGCGGGACGCCGGCGUACGUUGCGCCUGAGGUGAUCGGAAAGAAAGGCUACGACGGUUCCAAAGCCGAUCUCUGGUCUUGCGGGGUAAUUCUCUACGUCCUCCUGGCCGGUUUCCUGCCGUUCCAGGAUGACAACUUGGUGGCCAUGUACAGGAAGAUAUACAAGGGAGAUUUCAAGUGUCCGCCGUGGUUUUCCUCCGAGGCAAGAAGAUUGAUAACGAAGCUUCUGGAUCCCAACCCCAAUACCCGAAUCCCCAUCAACAAGGUGAUGGAGUCCUCCUGGUUCAGAAAACCGGUACCAAAAACAUUGAGAAGUAAGGGACAAAUUCAAAUGGAGGCAAUGGACGGAGAAGAUGGAGACGAGGCAAGCGCUGACAACACUUCCAAACCGAAGCAGCAGCCCGAGACGCUGAAUGCAUUUCACAUCAUAGCCUUGUCAGAGGGCUUCGACCUGUCACCGCUUUUCGAGGAGAAAAAGAGGGAAGAAAAAGGAGAGUUGAGAUUCGCGACAACGAAGCCGGCGAGUAGCGUGAUCUCGAGGUUGGAGGAAGUGGCGGCAAAGGUGGGCAAGUUCAGCGUGAAGAAGAGCGAAGGCAGAGUUAGGUUACAGGGACAAGAGUGCGGGAGAAAAGGGAAGCUGUCAAUCGCCGCCGAGAUAUCAGCCGUGACGCCGUCGUUCCUAGUGGUAGAGGUGAAGAAGGACCACGGUGACACCUUGGAGUACAACCAGUUCUGCAGCAAAGAACUCCGGCCGGCUCUCAAGGACAUUGUCUGGACCUCUACCCCUGCCUGAAAAAUUUAACAAAACCCUCCUCUGUGUUUUGAUAAGAACCGGGCAUUUAGUGUUUUUAGUUCAUCGUCUUCGUUGUAAUUGUCAUUUUUAUUCAAGUUCAUUGCUAGACAGAAAUUUGAAAAAGAGACUGUGUUGUGUUCCAGUCUUUUUCAUUUGAAAUGCUCUGUGUCAAUUAUGCGUGGUUCUGCGUCACAGGUGGAUCAAUGACCCUGUGAAUCGCUUUUGAUUGAUUCCCUUUUCCUGCUCCAUCGUGUUCCGUGGUAUUCUGUGGAUAUUCCAUGUGUGGGUUUGCAAAAUAAUUUGAGUUUUCGAUUAGUAAUUUCUCCUA